AUGCAUAGUCGUGAUGCCAGGCGAAAUCAGGGCAGGCUGGAGCGCGCGGCUGGUCAGGAGAGUGGGGGUGACCUUUAUGGCAAGCGUGUAGUCCCAGAAAAUGCAACGGGUGGAGUGGCUUUAGGUCCUGCAUCGGCAGCAAGUGCCGCUGUGGAGAGAGCUGCUGCCCUUGGUGGGCCGCGUAUGCUGCGCUGCGAUCUGUGCCAGGCCAAUUUCAGUGGAGAUGCGCUGUACCAGCAGCACUUGAACGGCCCAACACACAAGAAGGCUCUUGCCAAGGAGGAAGCCAGGCGAUUGCGGGACCUGCAGAUGGGGGCAAGCCGUGGCGCUGCUGAGGCUGCUCUGGCUGCAGCAGCAUGGGCAAAUGAUGGCAGUCUGAGUGGGCGGGCAGGGGCCAGAACGCUGCCCACGCGACCGCCCCCGGCCGAACCGGCGUCCUUUGAUGACCCCUCGCCUUCUGGCCUGCCGCAGCAACAGGGCCACAGCAUGGGCUAUCACCAUGCUGGAUCCACAGGCGUGCCUGGCCGGCUGCCACAACCAGCGCCAGCACGAGGGGCGGGAAGAGGAAUGACAGGGCGCGGAAGGGGCGGAAGGGGAAGGGGGGAGGAUGCAGCUGCGGCAGCUGCAGCAGAAGCAGCCGCACGAGCAGCCCAGGUGUCCCAUGCAGAGCUGGUAGCACGAGCUCGCAAGGAUGACGUGCCCCUCAGCAUCGGUGGGUGGGUGCCUCCUUCUAUCGGCUUGAAACCAGUGGAGGACGAAGAAGAUGCCAGCGCGCAUGAGCGCUCGCAUGAAACCAUAGCAACUGCAGAUGUCGCAGCUGCACAUGCCUCAGCCGAGUCUGCAGAAUACAGACUUGGUGGUUUGGUGGAGUAUAGUGGGGAUAACAGUCAAGAGGAGGGCAGCAGCGAAUCUGAUGAUGAAGAUGUCCCUCGUCCCAAGAUUGUGUCAUUCUUCUAG